GUCUAGGGUUGCUCGGCUACAUUUGGUAGAAAAGUUAAUUUUCUAGGCGAUUAGGAUGUAGUCAGGGUAUAAACCGGGCAAAAUCUGAGCAAUAUUGGGGUUAACCACCUAGCCUGUUUAUGUCAAAACAUCGCUCAUCCUAGAAGGGACUUCAGAUGAAAUUGAACUAUCAAGAUAAAUCUGAGGCAGUUACUAACUGUCCAUUGCCCCUUCCAAAUAAACAAAUAAAUACAUAAAUUUACACCCGUCCGGACGUCUAGAUUCCGGCUUUUGCUCAGCGGGUAGUCUGCUGCACGACUAACAGAAAUGAAAUAAUCAAAAUACUAUUUAAUACUGACUUCGUUUCGACCUUGGGUUGACUAUUUAUGGACUCGGAUUUAAAAGAAAUAUACAUCCGUUUAUUUCAAAUUGUCUUCAGUCAAGUAGUAAUACGUCACCACACGGGGGUUUCCUCCUAUGUCGACAUGACACACACGCUGUGACUGGCAAUCAGCGGAAUCGUACUUCGGAGGAAUCAUAACAUGUUUUAUAGUCAAAGGAGGAAGAGCACAUCAUUGUCUAUUCCGAAAGGCGCUGUAUUAGAAAUUCCUGUGCGAAAGUUUCAAUCCUCAGAAGCGAGUUCGGGCUGGGAGACAGGAGCUCGCAGGAAAGGACUGUAUCCUUACUGUGUUUUUUUAAUUUUAUUGUUUAGUUUCUAAUUAUCAUCAAGAUAAUUUGUCUUCUGUAAAUACUUAUUUGUGUCGAACCCGUGCGUUCUGGAAAUCGGAGGUGAUGUGGUUAGCGGUGGGGAUGCUUCGAUUGCUGCGGAGGAACAGUAAAAACGAAGAAAAGGCCAGUAAAUGCGUAUUGUCUAAGUUUAUGUACUUUGAACUCAAGCAAGUUCGGUCUUAUUAACGGCAACGGUAAAGCGCACCAUACAACAGGACUCACGCACUGGUGCUGCAAUAGUGUAGCCUAGUCAACGCUGCGCUAUUUCCAAAACAGGACGUUAGGCAGAAGUUGUGAAACGCUCUGAUUUCAACGUCAGUAUUGUAUUUUUCCUCCUCAAUCAAGCCUGACUUGCGUCGUCGCACGGGCUCAGCAUAUUUAAAGGCUAGUUACAUUUUCAACCUGGCUCCUAUUUCCGUAGUAGGCUAUAGCCUAUAUAUUUCCAUCAUUGCUAUCAAUUCUGAUUAUGAACGUGCUUCAAUCUCGAGAUUUUUGUUUUUUUAGAGGGUUUUUUUUUUCGUAUCCAUGUCAGUAGCUUUACUGCGGCAUCUAUGAUAUUAAUGCAGGUUAAAUUUACCUCUAACAAGUCCAAUUGAUCGAAACCUCUUAUUUGGAAGUGAGAAAGAAAAUGUGAAAGAUUACAUUUAUUCGCCGAAAUUUAAAGAAAAAAUCGUUCUGUUUCAGUUUAAUUGACCUAUCGUACUUACCUAUUUUGCGUGCGCGAAAAUUUAAUUGAGCUCUUCGUCUGCGUAUUCUGGGUCAAAUGAAUAUGGGCGGCCAUCAAGGUGAAGACUCAACAACAUCCUCAGGCUCGCAGUGAUCGGAUCAGUUACAGACUGCCUGUGUUUUGACUGCGAGGAGAGGCUGAAUUUGUAUCGACCCCCGGUGUCCAAGCGUUUAGCCACGGACCCCUCCCUGAAUUUGGCGCGCAUUUGAGGAAGGCGGCCUCGGCAAAGAUGGCGCAACCUGCGGCCGACAGCCUGGGAAACGACUCGGGCGUCUUCCUGGACUCGGAGUUCCGGUACGCCCUGUUCCCCGCCUUCUACGGCGUGGUCUUCGCCGUGGGGCUCGUGGCCAACGCGUCGGCGCUCUUCGUCCUGCGGCGGCUCCGCGACGCCAAGGCCAUGAACGAGAUCCGCAUCUACAUGACCAACCUGACGGUGGCGGACCUGCUGUUCGUGUGCGUGCUGCCCUUCUGGAUCGGCUACUACGCCCGGCGCGGCGACUGGGUCUUUGGCGAGGUCCUCUGCCGCAUCACCGGCUCCAUGUUCUUCGUCAACACCUACAGCUCCGUCCUCUUCCUCGCCAUCAUCAGCUUCAACCGCUACUGGGCCGUCACGCAGCCGCUGGACGCCGCCGCGUCCGACCACCGGCGGCGCGGGAUCCUGGUGUCGCUGGUGGUGUGGGCCGUGACCGUGGGCACCACCGUGCCCCACCUGGCGGAGCCGGGGCUCAACCGCGACUUCCACAGCAACGCCACGCGCUGCUUCGAGCACUACCAGCAGCGGGAGGAGGGCACCAAGCGGACGGUGCUGGCCACGCACUUCGUCAUCGUGGGCCUCUUCUUCCUGGUCUUCCUGCUGGUGGCGGUGUGCAACGUGCUGAUCGGCCGGACGCUGCUGGCGCAGCGGCAGACGCAGGCCGGGCGCAAGCGCUGGGGGCUGAAGAAGUACGCCCUGUGGAUGGUGUGCGUGGUGGUGCUGGUGUUCGUGGUCUGCUUCGUGCCGCACCACCUGGUGCAGGGCCCCUGGGCCAUGGCGGUGCUGGAGUACGGGGACCUGGGGCCGUGGGCGCGGCAGCGGCUGAACGACGCCCACCAGGUCACGCAGGUGCUGAUGGGGCUGAACUGCAUCCUGGACCCCGUGGUGUACUGCUUCUCCACCCGGAAGUUCCGCCGCUACGUGGCGGGCCAGCUGCGCUGCUUCGGCAAGGCGAGCCGGGACUGCGUGAACCACACGGCCAGCACCGCCGUCUCCCUCGGCUCCCAGCGGCACGCCGAGCUGGUUCCCAUGGGUACGGCGCCCAAGGCGUAGAGAGGGAGUCGGGCUCGCGCACGCGCAGGCGCACGCACUCGCGGAGACGAUAGCCUCUGUUUCACGCUCAGAGAAAAACGCCUCUGUCCCCGGCCUGAAUUUCUGGACAGGCGUGCUCUCAUGUAAAUGUAAUUCACAACGCUUGCCAAAAAUUGCUCGAACCAUUUCCAUCUAAGGCUCACUAAAAAAAAAAAAAAAAAGGGGGGGGGGGGGGGUUUAUGAUUUUGAAUGUUUUUAUGUCAUGAGUUUGGUGUGAAAAAGACAUUACAACAAAAACAAAUACAUGUAUCUAUGUACAGUAUAUAUGUAUAUAUAUAUGAAUUUUUUAUAUUUUUUAUUAUUAUUUUUCAUUAGUCGCACGGUAUGGGAGAUACACUCGAAACACAUCCUCGAGAAUGAACAAAAUUGAAUGGCCGAGUCUCGAGAAGAUGCCAGAGUUUUCCUCGCGGGUCUUCCUGUGUAUCUAAUAUGGCCAGCUGUUUACAGGAAGCGGAGCCGCUGAAGGUCAUAUUAAUUUGGCGGUGUGUGUGAGAUGUUGAUUGAAUGGCUUGGCAAUCCAUUGGAUGAACGGGCAGUGCCAAGCACGUUUUAGGUUUUUUCAGUUAGAAAUUGGUUUUAGGCUACUUUUAAGAUAAGCCACUUUUCUACCCCCCCCCCCCCCCCCCCGCCUCGCUCCCCCGUCCCAUAUUUGGGAAAUAUGGGCUGCUGAUCAUUUCACAGCUGUUCCUUAAAAAUAUAUAUAUUGGGGGACGGCGGGGUACAUGCCCCCGGACCCCCCAAAAGGGUUUUACUUCUCCGGGUUUAUGCGUUUUAACCCCCUCAAUAUUAUUUAAAAAGUUGCGUCCUUGCGUCGAGUAGUUACGCCCCUCAGCACACCGUUAAGGAGAGAGCCCUUUAGGCACAGGUAACACUCCCGCAAGUUAACGGCCAUUUUAGCGUCUUAUUUUCAACAACAUUCAGUGCAAAAUUCGUAUUUGACAGGAUUCCGAAUUUUGAUGAGCUCACACAUGUAGCCUACUGUUUUUUUAUUGGUUAAAAAAAAAAAACAUUUCAGAUGAACGUUCGACGCCGGUCUGGAAGCGAUACGGUGAUUCAUACGGCAGACGUUGAGGAGGAGCUACACUGCCGGUAAAAGAAAAAAAAAAAGCCUCCCGUCUCGGUUUUCGGGCGUGUCUGCGUGAAAUAGGGGCGGUGGUAUGACCCAGAUUUGCUCUGCUUACCUCACGGUGACACGUUUCAGCAUGUGGCGGCGUGGAACGCGGCUGCCGGCCGUGUAUUUAUAUUUUUCAUUUUUGGUGCUUGGCGCGGUUUGUGCACGUGUCAGGCUUCUCUCUCAGCGGUUUCUCGAUCGAUCGAGAGCGUUUUUAAAAGCGGGGUGUCAAACCGGAGGGCCGCUACGUCUGCAGCUUCCGGUUGUGGCCUUUCAGUAAGCGGCCAUUUAAGGCUUUCUGAACAACGUGUGCGGUUUAUUUAGCCGGUCACUUUAAUUUAAUUAUUUAAGUGCCAUAAUAGCCUGUACACAUAAAACAGACACUUUAAAAUUUUUAAAAAGGACAUUCACGUUUAACUAUGUUUAAAAGGUUGUCCUGGUAGAUUUACUUAUUACUUGUAUUAAGGAAAAAGUAUGGGGGGGGUUGGGGGGUAGGUGUGACUUUUGAAAGUUUAGAUGUCUUAACAAAAUUCACAUGUCACUAGAGACUUUUGAUAUUAGGUCAUAUUAUCCCCCAGCCUCCCACAUUCAUCACUGCCCAUUCUCCGGAAUUUUGUAUGAAAAAAGUAUUAUUAGAAAACCUAGGUCACAUAAAUCCGCCAAAAAAAGUAAACAAAAUGAUGAAUGAAUAGACAAGCAGCUAAAACGCACGCAGAGUAAAUAUGAAGUAAGCUUGUAAUGCGCAGUUGCUGUUGUCUUGCUUUCGCUGACGAUCUCGGCCUUACGUGGUAGAACUUAUGCGGAGUGCAAGUGGCACACAUUUAAAACAUUUUUUUUUUAAAUAAAAUCUUUUUUUUAAAACCUGAAUGUAAAACUUGAGUGAAAACACUCAGUGUAAAAUUAUGUAUUAUACUAUUGCUGUUGUCAUUAAAAUGAAUGGUGUUGUGCAAUGAAGUGCCUUCGUGAACUAAACCAUCUCUCUGUGUGCCUGUUGCUGGUUCAGACUGCCAGUGGUGGUGUCAGUGCAACCACCGUGCUUAUACAGAUUGGGCUUCAUUUACGAACGUUUUAUUUAAAUUGUUCUUACUUUUGUUCUUAAAACUGUUCCUAUGAAGAAGAAGAAAAAAAAAAACAAUAUGAGAUUCACGACGAUGUGCAGACCUUUGUUUCCGUGCAUAUCCCAGGUGUAUGAGAUGGCUGUUUGUAAGUUUUAAUGCGCAGUCCCGUUAAUGUGAUUUUCCUAAGGAAGCAGACAUGGACAGACACAGAUAGGAUAAAAAAAAAUAAUGAAUGCCGAAAGGUUCUUGGAAACGUUCUUACAAACAGUUUAAGAUCAAAUGUGAGUGUGCACAUGUUUUGUGAAUGAGGCCCAUUGUGUGUAAAAGGAUACAAGCUGCGUGUGAAUGUACGUUCUUGUGGAUAGAAGAGUCUUCUGAGUGCUAAAAUGCCUGUAUGUGUGUUUAUGCUCUCGCUGUAACCUGAUAAUAAAUGAUCUGUUUGCAUA